GCCACUCUCAUCACAGAUCCUCCGCUUCACAGAGAGCAGAGCAGGAGACACUUGAGUACUCCUCCACCUGGAGACGUCCAGCGCGGUGCACAGAUAGGAUACUUUCCCAGCAGGACACAGCCGCUACCAGCUCACACUGUCGCUCCUCUUGCUGUAAAAUAGAGCUGCAGUCUUCUCGGGAUAAAAACCAGCAUUGAUUCAUGAGCAGCGUCGCAGCGAAACGGGGACAAACGCCGGGGGACAGGAGCGGCGAGCGGCCGAGGAGGUAAACGCUCAGUCGGCGUAGGUGGAGGCAGUCAGCACCCUGGCUAUCAUGCUGUGGAAGCGUGACAGACUGUUGGAUGAAUGAGAAGGAUCAUUAGUGUCACUGCCACCUCUUUGCUGCACCAUAGCAGAGGUGUGUAGGCCAGGCUGUGCUCAAGUUCACCUGCAAAGAGAGAAAAACUUUAGGUUUCUGAGGAUGCAACAGUAACUGAUAAGGUGCAGACGGCAAUACUCCAAAGAUCUCAUUUGUCUGUGAUGAGCAUUCCCAUCCACCAGAGACCAAAGGUACGGACCACUUCCAUUGUUCCCUCUGAGAGGAAGUGGAAAUGAUGUCACGCCAUCAUCAUCGCUUUGAGAGAGACUUUAGGGGACCCUGGGAGAGGAGAGACAUCUGUCCUCCAGUCCUCCACAAUGGAGGAGCUAAUCACAGCUGUGCCUCUGCCAUCAUUAAUGGGAACAACCGCCCAGGGCUCCUUCCUCUCCCUGUCACCCCCUCCCUCCUUCCCACGCCGAUAACAGUUGCUGUGACGACAUCAAGCAGCAAUAUAGCCAUUAAGCGUGGCACGACAACAGCAGGAUCGGUGGUCCCGUCCUCGAUCAAGGUCUCAGGUGUGUCUCCCGUUGACACCCAGAGCUCAGGUCUGCUGAUGACUCCAGGGGUGAGGUGGGGACAGACGCCCAUUAACCAGCUCACACCUUGGGAUACAGAUGAGCCGCCUGCCAAGCAGCAUCGAGACAGCGAGCCCAGCGGUCCAACCUGGUCUGCACCAGGAGCAGCAGUGAGUCAGCCCAGCCUCCUGCCCCAUACCUACACCCUCCCCCAGCCGCCCUCCUUCAACCACAGUGUGACUGCACAGUCGCCCAUCAUAGGAGUAACCCCACCCAUCCAGACACCCAUUCCCCCACAGCACCCUCUCAUGACGGCCCACUUCCAGCUGACACCACAAUCUACCCAGCAGCCGCCCCUGAUGGUUCCAAGCAUGCCGGGUCAGUCUCCCUACCCCUCUGCUCAGCCCACCAUUGCAUUGUCAGCCCUUACUGCCAGAACCAACCAGGUGGUUCACCCAAACCCUCACAGUGUGAUCAGCAACGGACACUUACCCUCUCACCCUGGCCUAAUCCAGCCCCCUGCCAUGCCUCCGACCAAUGGACAGGCAGCAGCAACAACACAGGAUCUGUUUACAGCUGCAGCUAAUCAGGACGGUCCAAAUGGGCUGCAGAUGCUGCGAACAGUAGGGAGGGGAAAGUACGAGUUCAGCGACCCAGGACAUCCUAAAGAGAUGUUGAAGGAGUUGAACCAGCAGCGCAGAGAGAAAGAGUUUACAGACCUGAAAAUAAUAGUUGAAGGCAAAGAGUUUGAAGUCCACCAAAAUGUUCUAGCUUCCUGCAGCUUGUAUUUCAAGGACCUGGUGAAAAGGUCAUCAAAGGAGGCAAAGAGCGGGGAGAUGCUGGAGCUGAACAUGAGCAACAUCAGCGCCGACGUGCUGGAGCAGCUGCUCGAGUUCGUCUACACGGGAUCACUGAUCAUUGACUCGGCCAAUGCCAAAACGCUGCUGGAGGCCGCCAACAAGUUCCAGUUCAAUACCUUCUGCAAAGUCUGUGUCUCCUUCCUAGAGAAACAGCUGACUGCAGCUAACUGUCUGGGAGUGCUGGCUAUGGCUGAAGCCAUGAGUUGUACUGAGCUCCAUAACAUGGCCAAAGCCUUUGCACUGCAGAACUUCCCUGAGGUGGCGGGACAGGCAGAGAUUCUGAGUGUGUCCAAGGAUGAUCUGGUGUCUUACUUGUCCAACGACAGCCUCAACACCAAGGCUGAGGAGCUGGUCUACGAGACGGUCAUCAAAUGGAUCAGACAAGAGCCAGACUCCAGAGUGGAGGAUUUGUCAGAGCUGCUGGCAGUGGUGCGGCUUCCCUUCAUCCACCCGUCCUACCUGCUCAAUGUUGUGGAUAACGAGGAGCUGAUCAAAUCAUCAGAGGCGUGUCGGGAUCUGGUCAAUGAGGCCAAGCGCUAUCACAUGCUGCCCCAUGCACGACAGGAGAUGCAGACGCCGAGGACUCGGCCCAGGCUAUCUGCUGGUGUAGCAGAAGUGAUUGUUCUUGUUGGAGGGCGUCAGUCGAUCGGGAUGAACCAGCGCUCCCUGACAGCAGUCACCUGUUUCAACCCUCAGAACAGUAAGUGGUACCCACUGGCCAGCCUGCCCUUCUACGACCGAGACUUCUUCAGUGUCAUCUCAGCUGGAGACAACAUCUACCUGUCAGGAGGCACAGAGAGUGGUGUGAUGGUGGCUGACGUUUGGUGCUACAUGUCUCUGCUGGACAACUGGAACCUGGUAUCCCGGAUGACGGUGGCUCGCUGCAGACACAACAGCCUGGUGUACGAUGGAAAGCUGUACACCAUUGGAGGACUAGGAGUAUCAGGGAACCUGGACCACGUGGAGAGGUAUGACACAAUCACCAACCAGUGGGAGACGGUCGCUCCUCUUCCUAAGCCGGUCCAUUCUGCAGCAGCUACAGUGUGUGGAGGGAAGGUCUAUGUAUUUGGAGGAGUGAAUGAAGCUGGACGCUCAGCAGGGGUCCUCCAGUCUUACGUACCACAGAGCAACACCUGGAGCUUCAUUGAAUCACCUAUGAUAGAUAACAAAUACGCUCCUGCAGUGAGUCUGAAUGGUUUAAUAUUCAUCCUGGGAGGAGCUUAUGCUCGAGCCACCACCAUCUAUGACCCAGACAAAGGAAACAUCAAGGCUGGUCCCAACAUGAAUCACUCUCGACAGUUCUGCAGCGCUGUGAUCCUAGACGGGAAGAUCUACGCCACAGGAGGCAUCGUGAGCAGCGAGGGUCCCGCUCUGGGCAACAUGGAGACCUUUGACCCCAACACCAACACAUGGACGCUCCUGCAGUCCCUGCCCUGUCCGCUCUUCAGACACGGCUGUGUGGUCAUCAAGAAGUACAUCCAGAGCAGCUGAGAGUGGCUGGGACUCAAUCAGACUGGGUUCAGUGCCAAAAUCUCGCUGAGCUCUGAUAUAAGGACGUGUUUGACAGCUGCUUUGGGUCAAGGUUGGACUUGAUGCCAGCAUCUUCCAGCCCUUCUCCUGUCCCAGCCUUCAAAGAUCCCUGUGCAGAAUGUACUCAUGCUCAGCUACUCAGCCAUGUCACAUAAAGAUGCCUAGUGUCUGUACUGUAUGUGUCAUGGUUGUAGUUCAUCCUCCACCCAACAGGCACAGGGACUGUCUUGAUUAACUUCUUAUUUCAUUUGUUUGUUUUAAACCUCUUUGAAAGCCAUGCAGGGUAAAAUGUCUGUCAUUUUUGAAUGUUUUGUCCAACAAGUGAAGGUUUCGGAGUCAAAUGCCUAGAGAGCAGAGUUUCUUUUCUAUGUUUUAACACUUUUCAUUAAACCUCAAGUAAAGGAUAUGUUGUUUUCCCCCUUUUUAUUUGAAAUAAAAAAUCUCUUCUCUUCACUUUGUUAGGAAGUGGAAUUCCACUGAGUGAAUUUGAGUUUUUCAAAAGAUGUUUUAGCUCUGUAUCACACAGUUCUUUUGACUUGUCUGACUGUGUCCAUAAAUAUUGGACUGGUGGGGUUUAAAUGGAAAGAAAAAAUAAUUUUCUUUGUCAAUCAUGUCUGAUUUUGAAAUUAUCUUGUAGUUUGUUAUUCCUUCAUGUGGUGUCUACACUCUGCUCUUGGGACAAAGAGGUUGUAUAGAGAGAUAAACAGUUUCUAAAGCGAAAAAGCACAAUAACCAUCCGUUGUAUGACUUUUCUGUUGAUUCAUGCUUUAUUCAAUAUAUCACUUUCCCCCAUAUUUUCUUUUUUUCCUAUAUAGUGUUUUAUCACACCCCACAAAGUGAGUUGGGUUUUUAUUCUGUAAAUACAGGAAGUAUAUAUAAAAACCUGAAUGAAGCUCUGUAUAAAUGUUUUAUAACAGAAGAAAAUAUUGUAAAUAUGUUUUUAGAGAUAAAAGUUCAUUACAGGUAUAACUUACACUGAGGUUACAGUUGUGAACAGAAGAUUUAAAAACAGAACAGAAAGACUGUGUAGACUAAAUAA